AUGUAUAAAUGCACUAACAGACUUGUCAUUCGAUCCAUUCACUUGACUCCACUAUCAGCAACGAGUUGCAUGAUAAAGCGCAGUUACAAUAGCAGCAUUGGCUUUGGCGAUCCCUCUUCGUCUCCCACUGCGUCGUCGCCCAAUGGCUUAUCAGAUUGGCAGCAUCAUUUGGAUUCCACCCUAGUUUCAGAUCCCAGAACAAUUGUCAAGCAUUUGAAUGAAUACGUAAUUGGACAAAACAGAGCCAAAAAGACGCUUGCCGUUGCAGUGUUUAAUCAUUACAGCAGAGUGAGAUCCAACUUGCGAAGUCAGCUUGAACAGCAACAGCAGCUGGAACAAGAGCAAUACGACCAAGAUAAACCGCAUGCUGAGCAUCACCACCCUACUUUGCCUAGUGAUGCCUCCUCCCUUCAAAGCGUGGGACUCGACCUAGUACCUGCAGAAAGAAUUGGUUCAAAUGGAGAUUACCAACAACAACAACAACAACGACAACAACAACAACAACAACAACAACAACAACAACAACAUCGUCGUAAUUGGGAAAAUCCACCUACCACGACUUUACAUGCCACCUCACGCACCAAACCGCACGAAUCAAUCAAGAAGCAAAUUGCACCCCCAUAUGAUGCCGCAACAGUCUACGAAAAGAGUAAUGUCAUGCUUAUUGGACCUACUGGCUCAGGAAAGACAUUGCUGGCUAGAACGCUGGCUCAGAUACUGCAAGUCCCCUUCUCCAUGUCGGAUGCAACACCCUUCACGCAAGCAGGCUAUGUGGGUGAAGAUGUCGAAUUGGUAAUACAAAGGCUACUUCAGUCCUGCGAUUAUGAUGUCAAGCGUGCUGAAACGGGCAUUGUAUUUAUUGAUGAAAUUGACAAGAUUUCGAGAAGAUCAGAUGCCAUGUCUGCUUCACGAGAUGUCUCUGGUGAAGGCGUGCAACAAUCCUUGUUGCGCAUGUUGGAGGGCACUAUCGUCAAUGUCACGGACAAAGGGGCAAGCAAUAGUAGCAGCGGUAGCUCACAAAACAACAGCAGUCGACGUGGUGGAUUACCAGGUAGCUCCAUAGGCAUCGGCCCGUCUGGAGGCAGUGGAGCAGGAGGAGGAGGAGUAGGAGGGGGAGGGGGAGGAGUGGGUAGUGGCAGCAGUGGUAGUGGACAUGGCCCCAGUGGUAAAGGAGAGACGUAUACAGUUGAUACUAGCAACAUUUUGUUCAUCCUCAGUGGUGCGUUUGUGGGAUUAGACAAGACGAUUCAAGAUAGAAUGAACAAAGGCUCGAUUGGAUUCAAUGCCAUGAUGAGAGCUCUUGAUGAAGACGCGAUUGAAAUUGCACCAAGCCAACCAGGUGGAAAAAAGCAACUGAUACAUCCCUUGAGUUUAACAGAACCAGCAGAUCUUGUCAAGUACGGCUUAAUCCCAGAGUUCGUGGGCAGAUUACCUGUGAUUGCAUCCGUGGAGAAUCUGACAAUAGACGACCUAGUUCGAGUACUCACUGAACCAAAAAACUCGCUGCUAAAACAAUACCAGGGCCUGUUUGCCUUGAGCAAGGUGAAUCUUCGAUUUAGCAAGGCUGCAUUACGAAAGAUUGCCGAAAUGGCGCUGGAAAAAAAGACAGGCGCUAGAGGAUUGCGCCGUAUUAUGGAAAACUUGCUACUAGAUCCCAUGUACGAUACACCCGCUUCAUGUGUUGAGCAAGUCAUUAUAGACAGCAAAGUCGUCUCUGGUGAUAAAAAGGCUAUUUAUUUGGGUAAAGAUCAAAAACAUCUCGGUGAUAAAAUCAUUGCAGCAGACGAUGACCUGGAUACAAAUGCAAAUGAGGGUUUACAGCAAGUGACAGUCGUGUAA